AGAUAGUGGAUUUCACCACCAAGACACUACACAUGUGCAGGUGAAAUGGAGAAAAAUUAGGUCUCAAUAAAGAGCCAAAUUGAGCAGAGACGCAAUAUUCUUUUUUUUUGUCACCACUUAACAAACAAAGAAGGGGAUCUGGUUGUUGUUGCCGUACCGUCGACCUAGCCAAGCAGCGGCGUUAUAGCUGUUCACCAUGGGUCAAGACCCCUACCUGAAGCCGAGAAGAAGGAAGAAGCGGGCAUCAGUUGGUGGUCGAUACAGAUUCAUGAAAUCAGUCAUGAAAUUCAGUUGAACAGGGAAGAGAUUGAGUUGUUAACAUCACGGAUUCUGUUGGGUGUUUGGGUGAAACAGUGGUUCGAUAUUGUGAGUAGAUUGUAGCUGAAGACUGCAAGUUGAUUUGGGUUCGAAAUGGAUGAGGUUUUUAUAGAGUUUUCAAGUUAUAACACAGCGAAACAGAAACUGUUGCUGCUAGAUGUCGUGAGAUUUUUGAAUAGGGUGUUGUUGCUGAUACUUGAGUAAUAAAUGGAUGAGAGACUGAACUAUUUGGUGUUUUUUAUUGUUAUGGAUGAAUGGGUUUAUUGUGAUGUGAAUUUGCAGGUAUUUGGGUGAGUUUAGAAGCUGUAGGAGUUCACAGCUACAACAAGAUGCGAAUGGAGUACAACCUGUUCGAGUAAAUGUCUGAACGAUCUUUUCAUCACCACCUCAAGCUCGGUUAAGCCUGUACAAGGGCUCUUGCUGGAAUAUGAUGUUGCUGGUAUGAUUUUGGGGAGUUUAUGAUGGGUACUGGCAAGGGUAGAUAGCUUUACUUGAAAUCUACAAGGAGAUGAGAUGUAAGUGGACUGUUGGGGUCAGUUCUUGAGCUGAAUUUCAGCUGCUGUUGUGACUUGCAGACGUGCUUGGGGGAGUUGGGACUAGAUUCAGAAGCUGAGAUAAACAUGGGACUAAUGGUUCGCCAGGGGUGAGGUCAAGUUCAGUGGAGAAGAAACAAGGGUUAAGAAAACAGUUGGGAGUCUGGGUGUUUGCCGUGACUGAAUGAUGAACUGUGUUGAUGGGUUUGUAUAUGACAGCAGUGGCUCGAGUGUACAAGUUAGGGUCCGGUUCAAUAUGGCAGAGAUUUUUAUGAAGUUCAGGCAAGGCAGAGUUGAGUACAAGGGUUUUGGCAGUAGCUGGGACGUGACUUGGAGGCUACAUGAUAUGGAGAUGUGGGUACCAAUUUGUCUUGAUAUUGGGUACAGUUGGAUCCAGAUUUGGAGGCCCGUAGGGUUGUGAAUGUUGAGAAUUUUGGGUGUUGAUGCAGAAUUACAUGAGAAGAAAAGAUAUAUAAGCGGGAGGAGAAAAACAACAAAAGACCUACCUUUCUUUUACCAGAAGAGCUUGCAUGCACCUGUUCUACACAACAACUUGUUUGCUGCCUGGACCAAGUCCAAUUGGUAUACGUCUUCGUUCGGGAACUUUGCUAAAAGACUUCAUUCGAGUAGUGAACACUCCACUUCCUCCUAGUUCUACACCAAGUGAAUUCUCGGACUCGGACAAAGAGGAAGACAACACAAUGGGAGGUCGACCACCUGCUCCAAGAACACUCAAGGAGCUCACUUCUCCAAACAUUGACCAGCAGCCUUUAUGUAUUCAGCUGAAUUGAACCAUUGAGUUGAAGCCGCAAUUGAUUCACUUUCUUCCCAAAUUCAGAUGUUUAGCGGGAGAGGAUCCUAAUCGUCACUUACAACAAUUCCAUCAUGCUGUGACUAGUUUGAAGCAAGCAACUGCAGAUGCCGAUAUGGCUAUGAUGACAACUUUUCCUUUCUCCCUUAUAAAUGCUGCAGGAGAGUGGUUCUUUUGCUUACCCACUGGAAGUAUAACCACAUGGAAUAAAAUGAAGAAGUUGUUCCUUGAGAAGUAUUUUCCAGCAUCAAAAGCAGUUGUGAUUCGCAAAGAGAUUUGUGGUAUUAGACAAGUAUCGGGAGAGACUCUCUAUGAGUAUUGGGAGCGCUACAAGAAGCUUUUAGCUAGCUGUCCACACCACCAAAUCAGCGAUCAACUUGUGAUUCAAUAUUUCUAUGAGGGGUUGCUUUCUAAUGAUAGAAAUUUGAUCGAUGCCGCAAGUGGUGGUGCACUCACCAACAAAACCAUUGUUGAAGCUACAAGCUUGUUAGAAAACAUGGUUGCAAACACUCAACAAUUCUACACUCGAGGUGAAUCAGUGGUAAGGAAAGUGAAUGAAGUUGGUGAUUCUUCACAUAUGGAACAACGGAUGGGUAACAUGGAGAGGAUGAUGCAACAAAUAUCAUCUGUCGUCAUACCAUCAUCAUACACCGAAGAUGUUGAGCAAGCAAGUGCCAUGUACCAAAAUCAGCAAAGGCCAAGAUAUGAUCCAUAUUCCAGCACAUAUAAUCCGGGUUGGCGUGAUCAUCCUAAUUUCAGCUACGCCAACAAACAAGCUGCAGUUUCUAAUCCACCUUUCAAUCAACAAGGUGGGUACCAAUUCUUGCAAAGGCUGCAACAAGAAGCUCAAGGCAUGAGUAUAGAUGAUAAGUUGAAUCUCAUUCUCAACACAUUGGCGCAAGAUAAGCAAAAGUCAGAGAUGGAUAUGAAGGACAUCCGAACACAAAUGGGUCAACUAGCUACUACCGUAAGCAAAUUGGAAGCACAAGCAGCUGGAAAACUUCCUUUGCAACCAUUGAAUCCUAGGGAGACUGUCAAUGCUAUUGAGUUGCGAAGUGGGAAACAAAUAGAGAAACCGGCAGCAUCACCGGAGUCCCAUGAACGUGAUUUAGAGAAAGAAGUGGACGAAGCAGCCCCUAAAAAGGAUGAUUUGGUAACAAAUUCUAACUCUAAACCUUUUGUUUCUACUUAUGUUACUCCUCCACCUUUUCCUAGCAGGUUUGCAAAGUCAAAUAAGGAGACGUUGGACAAAGAGAUUUGGGAAAUCUUUAAGAAGAUCGAAGUGAACAUUCCACUCAUUGAGGCGAUAAGGCAGGUUCCUCGCUAUGCAAAGUUCUUGAAGGAAUUGUGCACUAACAAGAACAAAUUGACCGGUAAUGAGGUAAUGAGUGUGGGGGAGAGUGCUUCGGCAUAUCUUUAAAAGAAACUCCCACCUAAAUUGAAAGACCCCGGUAGUUUUACUAUACCUUGCACAAUUGGUAAAACAGGGUUUACAAAAGCUUUGCUAGAUUUAGGAGCAUCUAUUAGUGUCAUGCCUGCUUCAAUAUAUGAAUCUUUAAAUCUUGGUCCUCUCAAAAGUACCAGCAUAGUUAUUCAACUUGCCGAUAGAUCUAAUGUCUACCCGAAAGGGGUUGUUGAAAAUGUUUUUGUGCGGGUUAAUGAGCUUAUAUUUCCUGUGGACUUCUAUGUUCUUGAUAUGAGUGAUGAAAACUCAUCCUCGUCUACACCUUUGCUGUUGGGUAGACCAUUUAUGAGAACCGCUAGAACAAAGAUAGAUGUAUUUGAAGGUUCCUUGACAAUGGAAUUUGAUGGAGAGGUCAUUCGCUUCAACAUCUUUGAGGUGAUGAGAUACCCGAGUGAUGUGCACUCAUGUUUUGCCGUGGAGGAAACUGACGUUGGCUAAGAAUGCAAGUGAGAUGAAAGUCGGGCUGACGACUUUAAACCUAGCGCUAAAUGGG